CAUUAUGUUGCGGACAAAAAAUUACAACCGAGUGUGUUGCAAGUCAUCCUGCUUGUAAGUUGAGGCGCGUUUCCGUCAACAGUGACGAAGUUCAGAAAGAUUCUUCAAAAGUUAAACAAUACCAUGUCAAGCAAGGCGGACAAUGAAAACAAGGAAAGGGAUCAGAAUGACGAAGAUAGCGACGUGAAAAAGAGCGGAAGCAGCAAGACCACCCUGAUUAUAUCUGGUGUAGUCGCUGCCGUUGCUGCUCUGGUGUUGGUCAUUGUUCUACCAAUAUAUUUUACUAAUAAUGACGAUACUAUACCUGUGACUGAGCCCAACAGCAUUAUAACUGAGCCACAUGUACACAGUCCGUUGGAUCAUGCAAUGGAAGAUAUUGAAACAGACAGUGGCUAUGUCAAAGUCCGAGACAGUGCAUUCAUGUAUUGGUUGUUUUAUUACCAAGACGAUAGCUUUGCACCACAAGGAAUGGCCAAACUCGAAAAUACUCCUAUCGUUAUGUGGCUUCAGGGUGGACCUGGAGCGGCUUCAACAGGUUAUGGUUUAUUUGAAGAAAUUGGACCUCUCGAUCUGAAUUACAAUAGAAGAAACGCAUCAUGGACAGGAUUAGCUCAUCUGCUUUUUGUUGAUCAACCCGUAGGAGUGGGAUACAGCUAUGUUACUGACAACAACGCUUAUGCGACGGAUUUCAAUCAGGCUGGGUUGGAUUUGGUUACUCUUCUGCACGGGUUUUACUCAGAAAAACCUGAAUUACAGAAUAAUCCUCUCUACAUUUUCUGUCAAUCUUACGGAGGAAAAUUUGCUGUAGCUGCGGCUAAUCAUAUCAUAAAGGAAAUAGAAGGUGGAACGUUGAAUAUCAAUUUUGGUGGAGUCGGACUUGGUUCCGCAUAUAUUUCUCCUAUUGAUUCAUUGCUGUCUUGGGGAGAUUAUCUACAUCAUUGGUCCUUGUUAGAUCAACAAGGACGAGAAGAGGUGAAUGCAAACGCCUUGCUAGCUAAAGAAGCCAUCGACAAUGGCGAAUGGCUGGAAGCAUAUAACAUAAAAAUGGAAACACAAGCUAUGGCCGUGGAUCUCACUGACAACGUAGAUGUAACCAAUAUUUUGUACCCGCAUAAUCCUCCAACGGAAACUGAUCCGUAUAAUCAGCUAAUGAACAACGAAAUGCUUCGAUAUCUUGGAAAUAUUCCAGAAAAUGUGGAAUGGGGAUCCCAACGAAGUGCAGUCGAAGAAGCCAUGAAGGAAGAUAUUAUGAAACCAGUUGUAGAUUUGGUUGACUCUUUACUAGAAGAGGGAAUACACGUAGCGGUAUAUAACGGGAUGUUGGAUAUGAUUGUGAGCACACCAGGACAAGAAAUGUGGCUCGAUAAAUUAACUUGGAGCAACAUGCAUACAUUUAAUGGAAAAAGGUGGACGCCAGAGCACUAUGUGAACGGUGACACAGGAGGAUUUUCAAAACAAGUUGGAAACUUUUAUUUCUGGUGGAUAAUUGACGCAGGACACAGCAUACCAGUUGAUCAGCCGGAUUUUAUGCUUUACGUCUUAUACAAAAUAUUAAGUGCAGUUUGAAUAUUACGAGAUUGCAAUAUAUUAAAUGAUAUAAUUUGUAACAGUUUAUGACAUAUUUAUGUCAUAAUAUGUUAGACAUAUUUCAAGUGUUUCAAUUCAAUAAACUGAAUCUUAGAUUAACAGAAAAAAGUUACCGGAACAUUUUCAUUCUAAACUAGAUUGUGACUUUGUAUUCAGUAAUUAAGUUUUUGAUAAGAAUAAUUUUGUAUGGUGCAAAUUUUUAUCUGACUUUCAGAAUCGCCAUUGUUGGAGUAAUUUUUAUAGAAAUAAGCUAUAAAUACAGGAAUUUCAACCAAAGUGUGAAUUUAUUAUGAUAUGAAAUAACUUCGCAUUUAUAUAUAUUGUUUUCAUUAGCUUGUUUGCAUUUUGGUCUGCCUCAACCAACCA